UGUCCUAUUCUCCACCCUCUCCUUUUUCUCUCUCUCUCUCUCACUGUGCCCCUCCUUACAUUUCUUUCGCUACAGUGACUGUUCAGUACUUACUGAAGUCAGUCAUAACGCUGAGAAGGGGAAUUACAACUGAGUUUUCUGCUGUGGAUUGCUUUACAAUUGUCUGCCUUUUAAAGGUAUUCAGAUUUGGGCUACUAGUGCUACUUCUGUGAAGAAGCAAUGGCAGAUCAAGACCAGCAAAGCUCUCCAAGUGUUAUGGGUCGUAUCAGUGGUUUCCUGAGAACCAGAAAAGGGAUGGUCCUGGCUGGAGAAAUUAUUCUGAGCUUGAUUGUAUUUAUAUGUUAUGUUGCUUCACGUUCUGGUGGAUACUCUGUUGUGGCUAUUUGUGAAAUGAUCUUUGCAGGUAUAUACUUUGUGGUUUACUCAUUUGAAUUCGACAAGCAAUUCCGAGUUAUUCACUGGCCCUGGAGUGAUAUGAUUCGAGUGAUUAUCGGUUGCCUUCUGUACUUUAUUACCUCACUGAUUGUAAUUAUCAGGGGAUAUGAUGGUGCACUCAUUGCAGGAGGGGUCUUUGGGCUGAUUGCAGGGAUCUUGUUUGCAUACGAUGCAUACAUCAUCAUUCCAUCUUUAAAAAAGACGGCACACCACACUCCAGCACCUACAGAACCCACAGAAUAUGCUUAAGGGACCUCUCAAGUAUCUUCUGGAAGAAAAUGAAACCAGCCUGCGCAUAAAGCCAAAAAUAAAGUCAUGUGAAUGCCACCAAUGAGGGACUAGAACAUAUUUAAGUGCAUUACAUAAAUUGUGCUGAGUGUGGAGAAACAAGAUGCCAAGCUUUCUACUGUACUGCUCUCCUAUUCCAACACGUGUGCAACCUUUUAUUGGCUGAUUGCUCAUUUACUUCAAAAGGUUGUGUGCUCUAAAGGAAAGUUUGUAAUGUACAGGUCAAUCAAAUAACUCCUUAAUGUUAUGAUAUAAAGUAAUAUAAUGCAUCACAUACCCUAUUUAUAUUAUUUGGUAAUUACUUUACUUGUGAUGAUGGGGCUGAGGAGGCUGUUACUUGGCAGAAUCUCAGGGAAGAAGUACUUUCUGAAAACGUAGACUGUUCAGAGAACAUGGUUAUUCUAUUUCCUUAACACAUGUUGAAUUUGUUGUACAUUUUCCAGUUUAGUUUACUUCUGAGACUGAGAAGUCAGUCGCAUUUUUGUAUUACUGGAUUGAGUUAAAGGAAGUCAAUAUUUAACAAGUACUAGAAAGCUAUGUUUCUAAAAAAAGAUAUUUGCAUCCUCCUCUGGCUGUUUUGCAAAGCUGAUUUCUUUUCUUAUACUUUUAUACUGCCAAUGUGCCUUAUUUUACAGCAAUCUCUACAUACAGAUGUGUAUCUUCAAACUAUUUACUUUCUUUACAUCACUUUUUAAGCAUUAUGUUAAGUUAUGAAAUCCUAUUACAUGAUACAAGUGGUACAACCAGUGUUUUACCCAAGCCCAUCUAAUGGGGACAUAGAAUGUCUCUCUGGUGCUUAAGGUGGUUACUGCAUCACUGUUGUUGCCUUGGGCACAGUUCCCAGUCUGUCUCAGAAUGGUGCAUAUUCCCAGUUUACACAAAAAAAGUUAUGUUACUGUUUAUACAUUUACUGACCAAGCCAUAAGGAAGGGAGAUGGACUGGUGACUAUGGCCAACUUACCACACAGAAAUGGCCUUCUGUGGCACUAUUGGAGCCAGUGAAGGAGGCUUGGGCAGUUUUUGGGUUAACAUAUGUCAAACCUUUUUCUUUCUUUCUUUCUCUCUUAUUUUUUAUCAGACUAUCACUACUUUGUUAUAUUUAAUUUUUUUUUAUUUAAAUGUCAAAUGUGCAAAGAGAGUCUGCAUAUAUGGCAAAUAAAGAAAAAAAAGUUGAGAUAAACUAUUACUGUACACUUCAGAUUUAUAAAGUUUAGUAGUACGGUAUUCUCCUUAUGAUGAAAGUUUUCUAACAGUUUAUUUCAGACAGUGUUGAUGAAAUAGGUCUGCUAAUAAAAUAACUCCUUGUUAGAGGAAA